AUGUCCGCAGAGUUUCAGCACGGUUGGUACAUCGGCAACAUCUGCGUCAGUAUCCUCUACGGUAAGUCGAUUCCGUACCUCUCUGAGUUGAAGGCUGCCGUCUUGACACGGACGGGUCAUGCUAUAGGCAUGGAGCUUGUCAUCUACGGGGUGUCCAUGCGGACGCUUUUCCGGCGCAAAACCCAGCAUCGCAGCAAGAAGGACAUGUUCUUCGUUGUCUUCAGCACUAUCCUCCUUCUUUGCUGUACCAUCAACUUGGCGUCGGACUGUUUUUUCGGCGAGGAAUGGUGGAUCGUUAAUGGAGGGUCCGAGCAAUGGUUUGCGGACAACGUGUCUGCCUGGUACCAAACUUGGGCUUCAGCCGUAAAUGUGCUCGUCCAACUGCUCGCAGACGGUUUUCUGAUUUACCGUUGCUUCGUCCUCUGGGAUAGCUACCUUGUUGUUCCCCUACCAUGCCUUGUCUGGCUUGCCUGCCUGGGCAUCGGCAUCACCACACUGUACUACUCCGGAAGCCCGGGCGGGGAUGACUUCGCAGGUCUUGCGCUGCAGACGAGCACGGCUUACCUCGCAUGUACAAUGGCAAUCAACUUCUCAAUGACGGCUCUCAUCGUCGCGCGCAUCCUCUACUUCGCGCGUACGACCGGACGAAUGCUCGCGAACGGCAGCACCCGGCAGUACUUCGGCGUCAUCGCCAUGGUCGUCGAGUCCGCGGCGCUGUACACCGUCUUUAGCCUCAUGUACCUCAUCACGUUCGCGAUUGGCAGCGACCUCAGCGCGCUCUUCAUGAGCUUCUACGCAAUGUUCACGGUCAUCUCGCCGCAGCUGAUCAUUAUGCGCGUUGUGACUGGCUCGGCGUGGAGCCGCACGACUCAUAACGACUUGGCGACGAUCUCCUUCGCAGACCACCCAGUUAGCACGAACGUGACUUCUGGCAGCAGGACCUUGAAUAACACCGGGCAUAUCGCUAUGUCGCAGACUUCCUUCCGCGAGGGUUCCGUGGGCGACAUGACGUUCGAGACGAAGCAUGCAAAGGGCUCCGCAUUCGACGUAGUGUGA